AUGGCUGGCAUACCGGACGACGGAAAUGGGAUCGACGUGAUCGUUGUAGGGGCAGGCUAUGCCGGGCUCGCCUGCGACAUCAUCACUCUGGCGGCGAAUGCCACCAUAGUGAUGGAAAAAUGGGGUGACGUCGUGCCAAUAAUGGCGGCUGAAUCUGCCACUCCUCGAGUGGUCACCUUCAAAAGUGAUAAAGGAGAAGUCCUACUCACUCAAGACUGGAGGCAUAAAUACAACGGCCACUACAACUUAUACACUAGCCGUGCUCGCUCCCAGGGAAUCGUGUACGACUAUGCGGUGCAGAUCGGGGUGAAAUCUACGUUUAACGCCCGCAUAACCGACUACUAUGGGAUGAAAAUAAAGCUGGGAUAUACCUAG